AUGCAGCCCCCAUGUUCGAUCCAGCUCGGUCCCAGUGGCCCCUCUCCAUCCCUGGGAUCGCAGGGCAGCACUGCGGGCUUCUACCAGCUGGAAGAGAAGCAGCUCUUUGAGAAGUUUUGGAAAGGGACUUUCAAGGCUGUGGCCACCCCAAGACCGGAGAGCGUCAUCGUGGCCAGCAUCACCGCCCGCAGGAGGGUGAUCAACUCAGAGACAACAGCCUGCCAGCCGCCCAAGACUGAUGAGAGGAAAGCAGCAGAGACCAGGGUGGACACCUCAGACAGAAAUGGCUGCAUCAAAGGAAAAGGACGCAAACGCCACAGUCAUCGCAGGGCCAGAAGCCCCUCCUUUGACGAGGAACUCUCCCCUCGGCCCAAGGGGAAGAAGAAGAAGAGAAAGUCUGAACGGAAGAGGAAAAGGAAAAGGUCUCCUUCCUACAGCCUGUCGCCACCGAGGAAGAAGAAAAAGAAGAAGAAGAAGAGCUCCAAGAAAAGCAAGCGGCAUAGGUAUUCCUCCAAAAAGUCAAAACACAGCUCUUCAAGUUUAAAACAUAAGAGGAAGGAUGAGCGCAAGCACAAGAAAAGUUCCCGGACUCACUCAAGGCGGAGACGACGCUAUCGGAGGUCAGAGUCGCACAGUUCUUCCUGCCAGGCUUCCACAGAGGACAGACACCAUCUGCAGAAAUCUGUGGUGCAUCAGGCAUUAGGAGACUUGGCAGCUGUGGUAGAGGAAACCAAUGGAGUGCUUGACCACACGGACAUGAAGUGGAGACCUGCAACCAAAUCAGUGUGUAAAACGGCUCCAAAAUAUCGCUCCAUCCUCUCAACCACCACCAUUUUGUCGUCAAAACCUGGAAGCGAGCUUUUACACAGAAAAGGGUCUCAGCAUUUAUCGAGCCAGACCGAAGGUCCGCACGAUUACGAUUCUGGGAAUGACACAUCUUCACCGCCAUCCAGCAAAACUGGUGUUUCUCAGGCGAGUGUCACUGCCAACAAGAGGAACCACUGUAAACGUCUGGCCUCGCCAGAGAAGGUGAAGUUCACUGAGAGAGACAAUGUCUCUGAUUCAGGAAACUCUGUGACCAGCUACGCUUCCUUUUGCAAGCCUUAUGGGGAGGACGGCUUGUCUGCAACCCUUUUCAGUGGAAACGGCAAGAGAGAACAGAUAACCCUGGGGUGUCGGGUGGAGGUUAUGAGAUCUCCAAAGACUUCAAGCUGUUCACAAAGGAUGAGCAAGUCAUCUCGAAGGCGACUGAAAACCCGGUCAUCCAGCAGCAGGAGCAGAUCCUCGGGGAGUUCCAGAUACUCUGGACGCUACUCGCGAAGCCUGUCACUGUCGUCUUGCAGCUCAUACUCGCGCUCACCGAGUUAUUCAGCUGAUCUGAGGCGGCGUGGCAGCGUGGCCAGCCUGAGCUCCAAAGGAAGCUACUCCAGAUACAGUGCUGAUAGACUGCGAGACAGAAAGAGAACACCUAGCUCCCGAGAGACAGAUGAGAAGCAUGCACAUAAGGUUAGUGGGAAGAAACGAAGACGCAAAUCCUACUCUCCUAUGAAGAAAAGGAGGAGAGACUCACCCAGCCAUCUGGAAGCACGCCGAAUCACAAGUGCCAGGAAGCGACCCAUCCCUUACUUCCGACCCAGUCCUUCCUCCACCAGUCGAUCAACCAGCGUGUCAUCCUGGAGCAGCCUUUUCACCCGCAGCCGCAGCCGCAGCCCCAUGCACAGCAUCAGCAGGAGCAGGAGCCGCAGCCACAGUUACUCCUCCUACAGGAGCUACAGCCGCAGUUCGUCCUGGAACUCAAUCUUUGGGACCCGCAGUCGCAGCCGGAGCCACGGUUCAUUGAAGAAACGCAAAAAAAACAGGCGUUAG